UUCUCUCUCCAUCUCUCUCUGUGAAAGAAAUGGCUUCCUCUAAUAAUUUGGUGGUUUUCCUAGCUAUGCUUCUGGUGCUGCUACCCAUGGCUGCCCUAGGGUCAAAUGAUACAUCUCCUUUUGAUGCUUUGUUUGAAAAGGUGUGUGAAGAAGUGGAAUGUGGAAAGGGAAAUUGCACACCUGGUCCAGGUUACCCAAUGGGCUUCAAGUGUGAAUGUGAAUCUGGGUGGAAGCGAACCCGUGAUGACGAUGAAGAUGUCCUUUUUCUUCCCUGUGUGAUACCUAACUGUACCCUUGAUUACGGCUGCCAACCAGCCCCUCCUCCGGUCCCAGAAAAGGAGUUUCCACGAAAUAUCUCUCUCUUCGACCCCUGCUACUGGGCCUACUGCGGAGAAGGGACAUGCACCCAGAACAAGACUUAUACACACAUACACACGUGUCAAUGCGACUCUGGUUACUUUAAUCUUCUAAACGUCUCAAACUUCCCAUGCUACAGUGAAUGUACAAUUGGGUCUGAUUGUUCAAGGCUUGGGAUCACCGUUGCAAAAACUACUACAGAUGGGUCUGGGACGGGUCAAGCAACCUCAUUUCUACCAGGAAAGUUCCAUUGGAUGGCUAUCUUCAUGGUUUCUUUGGGUAUGAUUAUGUGGAAGUAGGUUCCAAAGCAGUGGCUUGUCUCUCACCUACGGCUUCUAGUUUCAUCAUAUGAGAUUCCUGAUUCCACCUAUAUACAGACAGAUAUACAUAUAUAGACUAUAUACUGUUGCAAAUUCAUUUGGUCAUGUAUUGUUGCUUUCAUUAUUUUCCUCGAUUUUUCUGUAGAAAUUUAAGUUUGUAUAAAUAAUUCAAAACAGUCAUAGAUGGAGGAUGACUGUUAAUGUAUAGAACACAAUAGAAUAUAUUUACGAAUAUAUAUUAAUAACACUUGUUUUGUCUA